AUGGCUGCCCGCAUUCUCAACUCCACCUUGACUCCCUGUUUCCGGCCAUCGACUACCUACCAGCCGGCAAACGGGAGAGCUAACUCUCUAAGGCUCUCUGCAAAGUCCUCCUCCGAAACUCCUACUAUUUACCCGAGCUCCAAGGGUGAUUCCGCAACUUCAGUUCCUUUAUUUUCUCCUCCACCAAAUUUCAAGCCUCCGCAGCCUAAACGCUUUUCAGUGAGACCCGACAAGAUUUUGGAUAUAAUUGGGGCUUCCCUUGCUUUGAUUUUCCGCGUUGGUACCGGUGCUCUCGUUUCUGGAUAUUCCGUGUCUUUCGUUCCCAACAAUGAGAUUCCAUCUGACAAGUAUGCUCUAGAAAUUGCCGGUUUCAAGUUGAAAGAGACUUCAAAACUAGGUCCGCGCCCUGAAAUACCGAUUGAGAUCUACGAAUUUGAGAGCUGCCCCUUUUGCCGAAAGGUUCGGGAAAUUGUUGCAAUCUUAGAUCUUGACGUCCUAUAUUACCCCUGUCCACGAAAUGGCCCUAAUUUUCGUCCUAAAGUAGCUGAGAUGGGUGGAAAACAACAAUUUCCUUACAUGGUGGAUCCGAAUACAGGAGUUGCUAUGUAUGAAUCAGAUGAAAUAAUCAAAUACCUGGUUGGGAAGUAUGGUGAUGGAAAUGUCCCCAUUAUGCUGUCCCUUGGUCUAUUAACUACUCUGACUGAAGGUUUCGCCAUGAUUGGCCGAAUGGGUAAGGGUUCUUUGUAUACCCCAGCGAAAUUGCCACCCAAACCCCUCGAGAUUUGGGCAUACGAGCCUUCUCCAUUUUGUAAAGUUGUGAGGGAAACACUUGUGGAGCUAGAGCUUCCUCACAUACUUCACAGUUGCGCCCGUGGGAGCCCAAAAAGGCAGAUACUAUAUGAGAAAGCUGGACAUUUUCAGGUUCCAUACCUGGAAGAUCCAAAUACUGGAGUACAGAUGUUUGAAAGCGCUGAAAUUGUGGAAUACCUGAAGGCCACUUAUGCUCUUUGA